AAGUCCCGGUUAUAAAUUAAAGGAAGCUGAAAGCUGCGCGGAGCUUUCUGCUCUCAUUUGUAUUCUCCGCUUCAUAUACAACUGAGCUAAAAGCAGCUGCCCGCCGGUGUCGUGUCACUUUCGCCAUGGCCCUUAGCGACGCUGAUGUACAAAAGCAGAUUAAGCACAUGAUGGCUUUCAUUGAACAAGAAGCCAAUGAGAAAGCAGAAGAAAUCGAUGCAAAGGCAGAGGAAGAGUUCAACAUUGAGAAGGGUCGUCUUGUGCAAACGCAGAGACUGAAGAUUAUGGAAUACUAUGAGAAGAAGGAAAAGCAGAUUGAGCAGCAGAAGAAAAUUCAGAUGUCUAACUUGAUGAAUCAAGCCAGGCUGAAAGUCCUCAGAGCAAGAGAUGACCUCAUUUCUGACCUGCUCACCGAAGCAAAGCAGAGGCUCAGCAAGGUGGUGAAAGAUACAACCAGGUACCAAGUUCUGCUGGAUGGACUGGUGCUCCAGGGUUUGUACCAGCUGUUGGAGCCCCGAAUGAUUGUGCGGUGCAGGAAACAAGAUUUCCCCUUGGUGAAGGCUGCAGUGCAAAAAGCCAUCCCUAUGUAUAAAAUUGCCACUAAGAAAGAUGUUGAUGUUCAAAUUGAUCAGGAGGCCUACCUGCCUGAAGACAUAGCUGGUGGAGUUGAGAUCUAUAAUGGGGACCGUAAAAUAAAAGUUUCCAACACGCUGGAGAGCCGGCUGGAUCUCAUAGCCCAGCAGAUGAUGCCAGAGGUUCGGGGAGCCUUGUUUGGUGCAAACGCCAACAGGAAGUUUUUGGACUAAGCCUCAGGGCGGUGGAAUUCGUCCUCUGCUCCUUGUCUGAAGAAGCAAGAUUGCGGCUUUCUCUCCGCUGUUCUGAUACCGUCCACAUUUACCAAUGAUGCCCUUUUGUAGUGGUCGCCCUUGGCCCGGGCUCACUCAGUGUCAGGCCUGCCCCAGCCCUCCUGUCCAGUGGCCGCUUGUCCCUGCUCGCUUCUCCCUGUCCCAAGGUUGCCACGCACGCCUUCCUGCCCUCUGGGUGUAAAUUGCAUGCGGGGCCUGCACUCUUCACCGCACCAAUACCUGCUUGGGCCUAGAAGCGUUCCUCAUCUGUAAGUGUGAUUUAAAAGCUUACCCAUAGAUUAUUUAUUAAAAUGAAAGGUUUAUGUGG